AGCGCAAAGUAGCACGAAAAGUAAAAAACAAAGAACAAAAAUGAGGCGACUUACGCGGCUGGUGACCGCGGCUGCGGUGCGCGGCGUAUCAACUGGUGACAUCAUCUCUAACAGCUUCGCGGCUUCUACAGAGGCGACCGAACACGAGGCGCACCCCCUGCUGUAUCACGUGCCGGUGCUGGCGUCGCGCACGGUAGGACGAGAGGCGGAGGUGCGCACACUGUGGCAGAACCUGCUCGCCGGGCGCCACUUGCAAGUCCUGUACGGCAUGGACGGCAUCGGCAAGUCCACCAUCGCCGCCGAGUUCUGCGACACCGUGAAGCACAGCCAGCGUUUCUCCUGCAUCCAGUGGUUCAACGGACAGCACGCGUUGGCGUCGCAGUUGCAGCACUUCUUCGCAUCCAUGAAAGGCAGAAAGGAGAAGGAUGUGCUGCUCGUGGUGGACGACGUGGACACGCCGGAGGCGGUGAUUGCGCUGAUUCCCGAACACCCAAACGUGUACCUGCUGAUGACGACCAACGCAGCCGAGGUGCCAAGCAACACCAAAUUAGCUUCGUUGCGCCCGUCUGCGCUAUCGCCGCAGUCGAGCCAGCAGUUUGUGUCGGAGCUGCCUUUCUCCGACGAGCUGGAGGGCGUCUUCCACAAUUUGGGCUACGUGCCGCUGCUGAUGCACAUCGCCUCCCUCAUGAUUGCCGGCGAGGUGUGCAGCCCGCUCCAACUGCGCCGUGUUCUCGAAGGAAAGGAGGUGCGGAAGAACGACACCCUCAGCAUCUCCGGCGCGCUCGCUGUGCUGCUCGAGAUUUGCAUUGCGGAGAUGGAAAAGACGUACCCGGAUGCGCGAGAGCUGCUGCGUGUGAUCAGCUGCUUUCACGCCGGCGACAUCUCCGACGCCGUAGUGGAUGCGGUGGUGGGCGACCCCGCCGGCCGCUUCUCCGUCGAUGCGGCGCAGCUGGGCAUCUUCUCGCUCAAGUGGGAGGAGAACGCGUUUGCGCUGCACCCGCUGGUGCGGAAGACGCUGCAGGGGACGUUGUCGCCGUCGGUGCUGUCGCGAGCAGCGGAGGCGCUGCUGGGUCUGUGGCCGCGGCGCUGGCGGGGCAUGGGCAGUCAGACGGCCUACAACCUCGUCUGGCACACCUACGCGAUAUGUCAGCGCUUUAUCGAGUGCCAGGUGCCGUUCACGCCGUCGCUCAUCACCGCGAUGGACCGCAGCGCGAUCUUCCUGGCGCACGUGGAGGCGCGUGAUUUAACGGUGGCGGUCGAGAUGUGGCUGCGUAUUCAGCACGACAAUGACGCGCAGCAGCGGCCACCGUCGACGGAGAGCGUGCGCAUGCUGCGGGAGUGCGGCCGCCUUCUGCACUUCCUGAAGGACGCGCGCGCGGAGGCGGUGCUGCAGCGGUCGUGGAAGGACAGUGUGACGGUGCACGGCCGCGGUGCCGCAGAGUCGGCCCUUAUCUUGGGCUGCCUCGCACCUUACCUGCUGGCAACGGCGGCGAACAUGGCGCUGGUGGAUGAGAGCGUAGCGGUGUUGGAGGCCCAUCUUACCUCCGUCGAUGUGGUGCUGGGCAAGGAGGAGGUGCGCAUGUUGUGGCAGACGAUCUUUGUGCUGCUCAUGUGCAAAGGGCAGUACAUGACGGAGUUGGGGCUGGAGAUUCCGGCCGGCCUUCACCGCGCCCUCGAACGGGCGGACGCGGAAGUGCAGAAGGUGAAGUGA